AAUUCUAUGAUGCUAUAUAUCAUCAUCUUCAUCAUCGUCUGAACCAGAUUGUUUCCUGUGUAGAAACCUUUUUUACCUCUGCACUUCCUAUCAAUUUGUAUUCGUAUUUGUAUCUCUACGUGUUUAUAUAAUCAUCCUUCUCAUUCACUCUCUAUACGUAUAAACCGGGAGAUACAAAUAUUUAUACUCUAAUAGAAUUAACAUAAUUUUACCAGAAACUCUCCUUUCAUGUCUUCUUCCAUCCGGUCUUGAUCAUGCCAUCAGGUGGCUCCACCUGUCCUAGUCCCCGCGGCGGAGUUACAGCUCAUCGCCGCCGUGUCGUUGAUUUAAUUCCCGACGGCGAAAAGACACCCACAACCGAGCUAGGUGACGAUGCAUGUUGCACCAGCCACCACAAAAACUUUGCGGGUGCAUUGCUAAAUUCAAAUAAUAUCGUCAAUAGGAUUUUUCAUUUUUCGAAUUCCAUGAAAUCCAGGAAGAAUAUGGGACGGACAAUACUCGGAGGCUUGAUUUUACUGCUUGUGGUUUCCACGUUAAUUAAAAUUUCUUUUGUGCUUUCCAGUAUUCAUUACAACUUGGACAUUAUUAGCGGUAAUAAUAAUAAUGGUAGGAGAUUAAAUAGAUUAUUUAUUCCUAAUGCAUGGGCUCCACCUUUGCAUCAAACUCAGCUUGUCAUGGCUGCUCAAGAAGAUGAAUUUUCUUCCAUGCCUAAACGUGUUCCAGAAAAUUACCCCCCUCCAAAUAUUUGGACGAAGCCAUACAGUGAGGACUACUAUCAGUGCAUCGGUCGCCCAAAAAUUCAAAUAAGAUCACCUACGAAUGGUUAUCUUCUCAUUAAUGCCAAUGGCGGAUUGAAUCAAAUGAGAACAGGAAUAUGCGACAUGGUUGCAAUUGCGAAGUUAAUGAAUGCAACUCUGGUGCUUCCUUCUCUUGAUCAUGAGUCCUUUUGGUCGGAUCCUAGUGGAUUCAAGGAUAUUUUCGAUUGGAACCACUUCACUGAAGUUCUGAAACAUGAUAUUGACGUAGUUGAGUCACUGCCACCACAAUAUGCAGCAAUAACGCCUUACCAAAAGACUCCUAUAUCUUGGUCCAAGGCAAGUUACUACCGACAGGAGAUUGCAUCAUUGUUGAAAGAGCAUAAAGUGGUGCAGUUUACCCACACAGACUCAAGACUAGCUAACAAUGGCCUUCCAGGCUCUAUACAAAGGCUUAGGUGUCGUGCCAAUUAUGAGGCUACUCGUUACACAGAGGAGAUUGAGGAGCUUGGAAAGAAAUUGGUUAAUAGACUUAAGAGUGAAGGCCAACCUUAUGUUGCCCUUCAUUUGAGAUAUGAGAAAGACAUGCUUGCUUUCACAGGCUGCAAUCACAACCAUACAGUUGAUGAGGUAGAGGAACUUCGUAUGAUGAGGUACAAUGUUUCCCACUGGAAAGAAAAGGAGAUAGACGGCAAUGAGAAAAGACUACAGGGGGGAUGCCCUAUGUCCCCAAGAGAAGCUGCUCUGUUUCUCAAGGCCAUGGGUUAUCCAGCCUCCACAACCAUAUACAUAGUUGCGGGUGAAAUUUAUGGUCGUAGCAGCAUGGAUGCCUUCAAAUCAGAAUUUCCAAAUGUUUUCACACACAACACUCUUGCCACAAAACAAGAACUGGAGCCCUUUCAGCAAUAUCAGAAUCGCCUCGCAGCUCUGGAUUACAUUGUUGCCCUUGAAAGCGACGUCUUUAUAUACACAUAUGACGGGAAUAUGGCAAAAGCAGUACAGGGGCACAGGAGGUUUCAAGGAUUUCGAAAGACUAUCAACCCUGACAGAUUAAAAUUUGUAAGAGCGAUAGAUGAACUGGAUGCUGGUACUAUAAGCUGGGAAGAAUUUUCUUCACAGGUGAAGAGGUUACACGCCGACAGGCUUGGAGCACCAUAUCUUAGAUUGGCUGGUGAAACACCAAAAGAAGAAGAAAAUUUCUAUGCAAACCCCUUACCUGGGUGUGUUUGCAAUAGAUCUCAUUAGGGAACAUCUAGGGCGCAGAUGUAAACUAAGGGAUAUUUCAAGAAGAUAGUUUUUUUUUGUAUUGUAUUGAAAACAUGUAUGGCUUUCAUUGUAAUAGCCAUUGCCCACAAUCGGCACUGUGAAAACCCCAUAACUUUCAACUCGCUCUUCAACUCAUAGCAGCUAUUAGGGGAAUGCAAAUGUAGCUAAAAAUUCGAUAUCUCUGUAUGGAAAAAAGCGAGGACAGAAGCAUGAUGCCGAAAAAAGUAAUAUUGGUGAGAUGGAUUAUUUGGUUGACAUAUAUUGUUUACAAUGAUACCAACAUACACUUUUUU